CAACGAGUAUUAGCAGUAUGUCAAACACGUUACGGUUCGCGUCUACCGCACAACAUCGACGUUCGUGGCCUGCGGAAGUACUCCUCAUGCAACGAGUAUUAGCAGUAUGUCAAACACGUUACGGUUCGCGUCUACCGCACAACAUCGACGUUCGUGGCCUGCAGAAGUACUCCUCAUGCAACGAGUAUUAGCAGUAUGUCAAACACGUUACGGUUCAACCUCGGUCAACCUCCAUCUUCAUCAUCUCCUCCAUCUUCAUCAUCUCCUCCGUCUUCAUGUCCUCCUCCAUCUUCAUCGUGUCCUCCAUCUUCAUGUCCUCCUCCGUCUUCACCUCCAGCUUCAUCUUCCGGCGCUUCCUUUCCUUAUCCGCCAACCACUUCUUGCCCUCCUUCUUCUCCAACUCCACAUCCUUAUCGUCCACCUUUAUAUGAUGACCAUUCCCUUUGCACACGGAGAGACGUGUGGCAAACGAAUGCUGACCAUCUUCUCAGCGAGCUUUCCGUCCAACUCCUGGUUGUUGUGAAAGUUCUUGAAACCUUCCAACCCGAGCUCAAACACCUUUUGAUGAGUAAACUGCAAGAAUGCUUACUGUGUGUCGGCAGGGUCUGUCGCCCACGUCUCCACAAAGUGCUCAAGAGCCUGAGUGCGAAUGAGCAAAAUAUCUCCAGGGCCAUGUGGCAGCAUGAUACCGAGAUCGGGAAGGCAAAAUCUUCCACCUUUCGUCCCAAGUCCCAAAGCAGCUCAUGGUUGCCCAGCCGUAAGGAAUGUCGCAUUUGUCAUGAUGGGGUGCAAUUUGGUGGUUGGCUACCAGAACAUUCAUGGCGAAUAUUCACUUGGGGGGGCCCGCGUACCGGCCCAGAAGUGCUUCAAAUCCGGCCGAAGGUGGGUCAUCGUUUGCGUGGGACGGUAAUGGGCAAUGGGGUCAGUAAGGCGAAGAGCCUCACCUAGGAGCCAGUUGAUGCGUCCGACGCCGGGAUCGCGGAGGGAGUGGUAGGUGUUGCACUGGGCAGGGCCGGUUUCGGUGCAUUCGUGUGCAGUCA